UGGGUGCUCCGGAAGGGCCGAGCCAAUGGGUGAAGAGCGUCGGUAGCGCGCUUACUAGCUCGCAGUUCCUUCAGUUUUGCCACCUCCCACCUCAGGGGCGCUCCUGGGGUGCCGCCUAACUGCUCCUCCCGCGACUCUGUCUGUGCCGGGCUUCUUCGAGUCACGGCCCGCGAGGGCUUGCGUGCCAGACCCCCGGCGCGGGUGGGGCCGGGUCGGAAAAUGGCUGCGACGGGUCUGGAUCAUCUCAAAAAUGACUACAGAAGAAGAUUUUGCCGACCGUCCAGAGCACCUGACAUUAAUACGAAGCAAGGCCAAAACAUACUGGAAAUCUUACAAGAUUGUUUUGAAGAAAAAAGUCUUACCAAUGAUUUUAGCACAAAUUCUACAAAAUCAGUGCUUUAUUCAACACCUAAAAUGGAAGACAUUUGUAUUCAGUCAUCAAGCAAAGAGGCUCAGUGCCAGAAAUCACAUCCAAAGUCAGUUCCAGUUUCUUCAAGGAAGAAAGAAGCCUCUAGGCAGUUCACUGUAGAACCAAGGGAAGUUGUCAACAGAUCAGUUCAGGACCAUGAAGUUCAUCAGCAAAUUUUGGCAACUGAUGUUGGUUCUAAAAAUACACCUGACUCAAGAAAAAUGUCAAGUGAAAAACUAAAAGGUCAUCACGGUGGAGUUGAUGAAGAAUUUUACUUAUCUGUUGGUUCACCUUUCGUUCUUUUGGAUGCAAAAACAUGUGUAUCUCAAAGUGCUGUCUCAUCUAUUGCCCAAAACAGAAAGACCUACACUUCUGAAAAGUCAGUAAAUACAUUGUCUUCAAGUACAGAGAUUUCUCUUAAAACCAGAAAAAGGUUAAAUUUUGAAGAUAAAAAUGUUUCGAAGAAAGUAGAAAUACCAAAUGAAUUAUCAGAAACAGAGGAUAAAGUAUCAGAAAAACCACAAGAGAGGAAAUCGUCAAGAACAUCUCAGAAAAGAGUACAAGAUUCAGAAUAUGAAGUUCAACCACAAACUAAAAAGAGUUUUUCAGCACUGUUUUUAGAAACUGUAAAAAGAAAAAGUGAAUCCAGUCCUGUUGUUAGGCAUAUAGCAACUGCUCCACCUCAAUCAUCUCCUUCAAAUGAUCUAAAGUUGUUAGAGGAUGAAUUUAUAAUUGAUGAAUCAGAAAGAAGUUUUGCCAGUACAUCUUGGAUUACUAUACCCAGAAGGGCGGGGCCUCUGAAACAAUGCACAGUAACCCCUGCAGAGAACACUGCACUCCUUCAAAGUAAAAAGUCAAAAGAAAAACAUCACAGUGUAUCAACUGCAGAUUUGACAAGUGACAAACGUUCUGGCAAAGCUCACCCAGUAGGGAGAUCUCAGCCCUCUGAACAAAAAGGAGUGAAUAAGGGUUGUGCUUUGUCAAAUGAAAUGGAAAAUCAUUGUAGAUCUACAAAAUAUGAACUGUAUUAUGAGAAUGCAGAGAAAUCAUCUGGAAACAGAAGGACUAUAAGACAAAAACAGAGAAGAAAAUUUAAGGCCAAUGUACUUGAAGAACAGGUUGAUACAGAACAAUCUAAAGAUAAAAAUACAAAUAUGUCACAUAUCACCCAAGAUAAGUUACAAAGAAAUUCAGACAGAAAUAUGGAAGAGUGUGAAGAUACGAUAAAUGUUGCCGUUUCCAAAAAACAGGUGCUGCCCGUAGGAAGCAAGAAAAAUAGCACCAGUGUUCCUUAUGCAGAGAAUCAGAAAAAAGCUAAAGAAUAUAAAAAGAAGCAAUUUUCCAGUGGGUCCAAGAAGAACAAACUUGUACCUGAUGAGGUGACUUCAACUAUUACAAGAAGUCGAAGAAUUUCGAGGCGUCCAUCUAAUUGGUGGGUGGUAAAGUCAGAGCAGAGUAGUCUUGUUUAUAGCAAUUCUUCAAGAAGAAAUGAAUUGUCAGUGUGUCACAACAGUAGACAAACACCUGUUGAAAAACCAAACCAGUCAUCUAAGAAUAUUGGGGACAAAACUAUUCCAUUUAAAGGGCAGAAGAGAACUACUUCAGGCAGCUCAAGAACACAGAAGUUUUUAACUGCUAAAGAUUCUACAAGAAUUAUUGACCAUGAUAAAAUUUCUGGUUCUUCCCAGAAUGAGUCAUUGAAAAGUGAUGAGGAAGACCUGGUUAAGAAGAAAAAUCAUGAUCAUUCUGGAGGUACAAGAAGCCCAAAGGAUCAAGAUAGUAUGACUGCACAAAAUGUUCAUCCGAAGUCUCAGGUCAAGGGAUUUACAUGCAAGACACUAGCAGAGUCUAACUUGGAUUCUGGAGAGCCUAAGACUUCAGUUUUGGAAAGAAGUGGACCUUUCAGGCUCAAGAAUUAUUUAUCAUCUGAAAAGAGUAAUUCUGAUGUGGAUGAUAAGGAAUUUCAGGAAAGUUCAGGUGACUCAGGAGUAAAAAUAUCUAGAGUACUAUCAGUGAAUAAAAUACAUCACAAGUUAGUAUUGCCUUCCAACACACCAGAUGUUCGCAGGACCAAGAGAACACGAUUGAAACCUUUGGAAUAUUGGCGAGGAGAGCGAAUAGAUUAUCAUGGAAGACCAUCAGGAGGAUUUGUGAUUGGUGGAAUACUGUCCCCAGACACAGUAUCAACUAAAAGGAAGGCAAAAGGAAACGUUGGAAAAGUCAACAAAUUAGUUAAUAGGAAAAGGAUCUGUCUUGAUAAUGAUGAAAGAAAGAAUAAAUUCAUGGUAAAUCUGAAUGUACCUUUGGGAGAUCCGUUGCAGCCAACAAGGGUAAAGGACCCAGAAACAAGAGAGGUGAUUCUCAUGGAUCUUUUAAGGCCACGAGAUACAUAUCAGUUUUUUGUUGAGCAUGGUGAAUUGAAAGUAUAUAAAACACUGGAUACACCCAUUUUUUCGAUGGGAAAAUUGAUAUUAGGACCACAUCAAGAAAAGGGAAAACAGCAUGUUGGCUCAGAUAUAUUGGUUUUUUAUGUUAACUUUGGUGACCUUUUAUGUACCUUACAUGAAACACCUUAUAUAAUAACAACUGGGGAUUCAUUCUAUGUUCCUUCAGGUAAUUAUUACAACAUCAAAAAUCUCCUGAAUGAGGAAAGUAUUCUUCUUUUUACUCAGAUAAAAAGAUGAAAGAUGAAGCAAAGUUUAAAUAAGUGUGUGUGUGUGUGUGUGUGUGUGUGUGUACACACAUAUACACAUAUAUGUAUAAAACAGUUUGUGCAGUUGAGACAUUUAUCUUUGUAAUUAUUUGUGAUGUUUUAAAAUAAAAGUUUUAUUCAA